CCGCACUGCCGAUGAGCCAGCAGCGCUCCAACAUGGUUGUCUACUGAGAUUGUGGACCGGCGUGAUGCUGUGCGUCGACUCCGGUCCUCGAUCCGCAUCUCUGAAGUGGCUGGCAUGGAAGCAGCCUUUCUAAGAAAAAGCUUUGCACAUAGGCGGCCCGGUGAUCCUUUGGGAAGCUCAUUGGCGCAAUUAUUGUGUCCUCGAUGCCAGCCACGCCAUCUCAACAACCCAUCAGUCUGACAUGAACGUUGUCUGGCAUUGAUUGGUCAGUUGGUCAGUCCGGUUCCCUCCUCAGCGGCUCUUUCUACUUGCUUGGUAGAUCAUUCUCAAAUCCUACCAUUUGAUCCGUGUGCAAAAAGGCAGGAGAAGCCGGUAAACUAACAAGAUUGACUUAAUAUAAAAUAACGCUCACAUCUAUCCGUUGUUCCAUGGGCUGGCAAUCCCGGGAGUCCAUCGUUCCUUGCGAGAAGGGUGGAAACGUCAUCGACCCUCAUUCUUCACCCAAUGCGCAAUGCUCUUGCUCGUCUUUGCAGGUGGGCAUCGCUGCAGUUGACCAUAGAUGCGUCUUUCUUCUCAUUGUGAGGCUCAAAGCCACCCUGAAUUCAUCCUGCUUCAUUGAAAAGAGGUUCGCUGCACGACCGGCAUGUGUACAAGAGCAGUUAAGCGGCAAUAAGCUUUGAUGGCUUGUAAUAAGCAUCUCGCAGAUUGUUUGCAGCGAAUUGAUCCUCCGCUUAUCCGUAACUUGCUGGGAUCGACGGGCGUGGCUUCCUCGGCCCUGCGAUUGCUUGGAUAAAUGCCGUUCUUUAUACGACCGCAUGCUAUCGGCAUGCUGAAGUACUUUCCUAGGUGUAUGCAUAUACCACAAAUGUGGGGCUCAGGAUGAACCGGAUCUGCUGAUAAUACAAACAAAGUCUUAUAAAUAGGUUGAGCCCACAAUUGCACUGAGUACACUUUUGCCCAAACAAAUCUUGAUUUUCUGGUCUCCAACAUGGGCGUAGGCGAUAAAAUCAAAGAAGGCGGAGCAAAGGGGAAAGGGACCACGGGAGAUCCCCUAGUAACUCGUCUCGCCGAAGAAGACAAAGUAUCUUGGAUCCAGAAACCGAACCUGCGCAACCUCUACUUGCUCCUUGUCCCGGCGUGUAUUGGGAUAGAGAUUACGAGUGGAUUUGAUUCCCAAUUGAUCAAUGCCUUGCAGAUUGUUCCGGCAUGGAAGGAGUACUUCAACCAUCCAGCGGGCUCGCUCAAGGGUAUCAUCUCUGCUGCGUAUUCCCUCGGUGCAAUCAUAUCUCUUCCUUUCAUCCCAUGGAUUGAUAACAAAGUCGGUCGUCGUGGUUCCAUCGUAUUCGGCUCCACCAUCAUGGUCAUAGGCUCAAUCAUUCAGGGUCUUUCUGUCAAUGUCGCUAUGUACAUUGUUGCACGAUUGAUUCUGGGGUUCGGUAUUCCUGCUUGUAUCGUUGCUGGCUCUUCCUUGAUUGGAGAGCUGGGAUACCCCAAGGAAAGACCUGUCUUGACUUCUCUGUUCAACGUCUCUUACUUCGUGGGUCAGCUGUUGGCCGCAGGUAUCGUCUUCGGCACCAAUAACAUACCCGGCAAUAACUCUUGGAGGAUUCCAUCAUAUCUGCAGCUAGCACCUUCGGUGUUGCAGAUUGCGUUCGUUUUGUUUCUUCCCGAGAGCCCGCGAUGGUUGAUGGACCAUGAUCGAGUUGAAGAAGCAGAAGCUGUCCUUGUGAAGUUCCACGCUGAAGGCGACGCAGACUCGGCAUUCGUAAAGGGUGAGAUCGAACAAAUCCGGGCCACAAUUCAACUCGAAGCUGAGGCAUCAAACAAAUCGUGGCUUGAUCUCGUUCGCACUGCGGGCAUGAGGCGUCGCACCCUCGUCACGUCGAUGCUUGGACUCUUCACGCAGUGGUCGGGCAAUACACUUAUAUCAUAUUACUUCGGUGACUUGAUGACAAUGGUGGGCAUCAAGGAAGCCAUCACCAAGCAGAAGCUCAAUGUCGGCUAUGCAGCUUGGAGUUUGAUCACUGGUCUUGCGGUCUCGCUUGUCGUUACUCGAUUUAAAAGGCGUACACUCUACAUGAUUUGUACCGUGUCACUUCUUUUGGUAUACACUGGCUGGACAAUCUGCUUCCAGAAGGCUAUAGUCGCCGAGGAUGCUGGUGGACACAACGGCGCAGCCAGCGCAGCGAGCAUGUUUUUCAUAUUCGCCUAUCAACCUUGCUACAACAUUGGCUUCAACGCCUUGACGUAUACCUACAUGGUUGAAGUCUGGCCUUUUAUGGAGCGAUCUCGUGGUAUCGCAGUCUUCCAACUCUUCGGACGUCUUGCCGGGUUCUUCACGACCUAUGUCAACCCUGUGGGUCUGGAGAACAUUACAUGGAAGUGGCUCAUUGUGUAUGUCUGCUGGCUUGCAUAUGAGGUUGUGUUUGUCUGGUUCUUCUUCCCAGAGACGGCCGGUCGCACACUGGAGGAACUGGCUUUCUUGUACGAAGGUGAAGAGCGUGCCAUUCGAGCUGCAGAGGCGGUGGAGAAGGUGGUACAUCAUGCCGGCGAAGAGACGCACAUAGUGGGCGGCAGAGAAAAGUCGGCGUAA